AUGCCCGAUGUAGACGGCGCAGGUCUUAUCGGGGACCACAUGGAACCAGAAACUCACCGGCUAAGAGAUUACCGUUCCAAUACACCAGUACCGGAGUCCAGUGGACCUUCGGGAACGGUCCAUAGCGUCCGCAAUGUCAAGCGUUGUGACAAUACCAUACCCGCACCUACCAGGUUCUGUGCCGUGUACCCCGGUGCUCCCGAAGGCCCAAGCUCCUGA